AUGGCCAGGAAGUGCUCUCGCAAUGCAGCCUCCCUUGUCCUGCUCUGCCUCGCGCUGGCGGCACACGCCGUGGCAGCGGCCAGGACCGUGCCAGCUGCAGCUGGCGUCGCGGCGCAGGCCUCACUUCCGGGCGCCACAGAGAGCGGAGCCGGUGCAGGAGGAGUGGGCGCAGUGGACGCGAAGAACCUGUUCGUGGGCAUGGGAGGCAUGGGGAACCUGCCGGGCCUCCCGGCCGUCGGCGGUGGCUACGGCGGGGCCUUCGGCAACAACGGAGCCGGCGUCUUCACCGGUAUCACGGGCCCGCUCGGCGGCGUCUUGGGUGGCGUGCGGAGUGUCAGUCUCGUGGGUAGCGUCGGGGGUGCCGGCGGUAUCCCGUUCGGGGGCUUCGGUGGGGGCGGUGCCCCGUUUGGCGGGCUCGGAGGCGGGUACGACGGCGGAGCCGCCGCCGGCGUCACGCCUUGA